GAGUCUCUGGGAGAGAGGACCUCAUGAGAGGCGGCCUGAGUAUUCGCCUGUUCGCAGCCGAAAGGGGGCGACAUUAAAGCCAAGCCAGCUGAGAAGCAUCAGGCAGUGGCGCAGACGCCCGCGGCGGGUCCUCAACAGGAAGGUGGGAAGCUGCUGGAGGGCUGCCCUGGGGGGCUUGUCGCGGGGGCUUCCGGGACUUUCACACCUGGCUGGGUGAGGACGCUGCUGUGGGCUGAUAAUUAGAAUCGAGUUUCUUUUGCCAGACCCAGAAGUUGCGAUCGUGAGGCAUGGAGAGCCAAAAGAAACAACCACAAAAUUAGCAUCCUUCUGGGGAAGUCCCAGUAAGGAAGUAUUCACGCACCCAAGGAGAGGGACACGCUGCCAGGAUGGAAGUGUGCCCUUACUGUAAGAAGCCAUUUAAGCGAUUGAAGUCCCACCUGCCGCACUGUAAGGCGACAAGGGCGUCUGUACCUGCCGAUCACAGAGCUCAGCAGUCCAAGCUAGCGACACGCCCACACGCUACAGAGAGGAAAAGGCCAAUCACAGAUUUAAAUGCCACCAAAGAGAGGGAGUCAGAGACCAAGAGUGAGAAAAGAAAUACCAAGUUGGUAACGGACAAACCAGAACGGACAAUGAAGUCUUUUCCGCUGCAGGCUGAUGCUUUGGGAAGAGCAAGGAUCACAGGGGCGGGUGAGGACCUCAGGAAUCGAGUUCAGUGCUCCCUCAACAUGCUCACAGAUCCUGAACCAAAGCUUGCUUUCCAGGGAGAAACCAAGGCUCAGUUCUUUGCAUCAGAAACCACCACUCCUAAAACAGAACUUGCCAAAGGUUUGCCUCCAUCAGGGAAAAGUAGACGUAAGCUUUCCGAAACCAAAGCAUCUUUACCUCUUGGCCCAGGAGAACCUUCAUCACAUGAAGAUAGAAAAUGUUCUUCAGCCUUACCCGAUGAUGUGCAGACCACUUCUCCUAGAUUGGACAGAAUUGAUCCCCUAAGACAGAAGCUUCUAGUAAACUUACUAGAUACGGCUAAUGGUGAUUUUCGUAGUUCUCCCAUGAAUCUCCGUUAUGGGGUUGAAAGGGCAAGAACAUCCUUGACAAGCAGUGAGGCAGAGUCCAAGGCCAAGGACCCCCUCUCAGAAGUCCCUAGUGAUGUUAGAGACCCUGAGAGACAAGAAAAGGGCACGGAAUCACAGUUUUCAGAUUUUAAAGUUAGCCCAGGAGGCGAAACCCACGCCAGGGAGAACCAAGGAGAAGGACUUGACCUUGGAGCCGAGGCACGUGGGAGCACAGGAAAUGUAGAGAAAAGUGCGUCUGUGACCGACAUGCAGGAUCGGGGGGCCUCUCUGAGCAGCGAUGCAAAGGACUUCAGCGGGGACAAUUCGGCCACAAGGAAGAAAGGUCGAGACGAAGGUCCCGAUUUCAGUGUGUUCUCUCCGAGGGAGACGACUUGCAGCGAGCUGCUUUCUGUCUCACCAUCGCAUAAUCAAAACCCAGCCUCUCUGGCUGCUCGGUUUGUUCAGGAAGGGAAAGCGGAAGCCUGCAGGCCUCGCCGAGUCCCCGGCAUGAACACGUUCUCGGAGCGUGGCGAGCGAUCCCCUCCGCAGCACGGCCCGUCCUGUGGGCCCCAGCAGUCUUUUCGUUCAGUCCUGCGUCACGCCUCUGACGGUCCCUUCAGCCAGGUGGCCGUUGCUGGCAGAAAGGGCCUCUCAGGGUCCCUGGGGCUGGAGUGGUUUCCAGAGCUCUACCCUGGUUAUCUUGGCCUGGGGGUGUUGCCAGGGAGGCCCCAGUAUUGGAAGGCCGUGGCCCAGAAGCCUCAGCUUAUCGGUCCCCAGGAGGAGAGACACUCACAAGUUCCUUUGUUGGAAAGAAGCUGGCCUGCCCUCAGGAGUUGGGGACCCCCGACCAGACUUCCAACCUCCAGCUUGUCUCUGAUGAGGCUCUUGGGAGCAGUCCAGAAAGGCUGGGUCAGGUGCCGGGCCACCGUGCGGAGCGGCGUCGGGGGCGUCACCAUGCUCUUCGCGGGCUACUUGGUCCUGUGGUGCAGCUGGAGUUUCAGACAUCUGAAGCUGCAGCGCUGGCGCAAGUAGUGGCCCGGACACCCCGGAAGAGAGCUCCGAGACUGGGGGAGCGCGGCCCAGGCCUCCGCGGUGCGGAAUGGACAGUUAUAAUGGUAUUUGGGGCAGGGAGAGGGUGUUGAAAAGAAUAAAAUUAUUGGAGCCAAAAACCGUGAUGUUAGGAAGUCCGUCCCUUUACUGUGGACCGGCCUGGGUCUGUGUGACAGGUCUUGGGCCGGCUCUGCAGAGUGACAGCUCCUGAGAAGUCUUGUUUGUCUGCUCCUGAAGGCUGAAGGCGUUCAGGGAGGCAGGAAGGUGACAAGGGUCAUCAGUAAAAUUUUUGAAGAGUUAUUUCUUAAUUUGCAGUCAAUAAUAUCUCACUUUUAAAUCUUUCUCUCUAAAAGUAUUAGCUUUGGUUAUUACUAGUUACAAGAUAUUAGGCUACACACUCCCUGACAUAGGUUAGUGUCUGAAGUGGCAGGAAAUCUGCCUCCGUCGGGCCCUUUGGGGUCCUUGACACCUUGGCAGGUGUGAAGGCAUAAAAGCAAAGUAAGGGUGGAUACAGAAUCGCAGGUGAGUCUGUGGGAAAUCCUUAACAAAUCUUUAUAAGCUGAUUAAAAUGAAAUCACACAUUAAACAACAUUAAAGUACGUUUUAUACAUCUUGA